AUGGCUUCUACUACUGAUACCGCACUGCGUGAUGGCAAGGAGGAGUCAGUGACUAAUGUUGUCUCUUCCGAGCCACCCAGCGCUCCCGUAGUGGAGAAACCGAUACCCUCUACCCCGCUUGAGACCCCUAGCGUUCCGUUGGCAGAGCCGCCCGCCGACAUUACCACCCUUGCAUCUCCAGUCCCAGAAGUCGGUUCCUCCGAGUCGAAUCGACCUCACUCUCCGGCGGAGGCUCCCCUUCAAGGUGAAGUUGCUCCAGAAGGACCAAGAACGACUCCUGUGUCUUCUGGGCAGGUUGCUAGCGUCCCUGCGGAGGCUCCGACUGCUAAUACGGCACCCCGGGUCCGGCGAGCCGCCAGGAUGAAGCCGCAGGGCGUCAGAAAGCCAAAGUCCUUGCUAAUCCGCAGGGGCUUCGACGCAUCAGGCCCGGAAGUCUCUGAUUCUGCGGCUGCGACGUCGGCGUCAACAACGAGCCCCUCUCCCGCGGAUGCCUCGUCGUCUUCUGCGGUGAAUCGAGGUCGGCAGAACGCGGAGGCCGGGCGCUCCACCACGACACGCCAUCGGUCUCCUUCUGUUGCACCGUCGACCUCGACUAUCUACCAGUCCGCUCGGGAUGCCGAGGCCGGGCUUUCUGGGCUCAAGCGGACACACUCCUUUACUUCGGAGUCGUUUUUAUCUAACAAACGUGCCCGAGAAGAGUCCGUCGAUGGCGAGCGGACAGCCUAUGGCUCUUCUACCAACCGGGAGGAGAUAGUACAUUGGCUCCUUGGGCAGACUGAGGAGCCGCCUUCUAGUGUACCUGUCCCGUCAGGCUCCUUGUCUUCCGAGACCUCUGACAUCCACCGUGCCGCUCGGUCAUUAGCCAGGACGGCCUCGAUGUUCACCUCAACUGCGUCUAUGCCUCCUCCGUCUCGUUCCGUCACACCCGCACGGCAGUCGAACAGAUCGAGCCUUUCGACUCGGAGGGUGGACACCUCGCAAAGCAUGCGAGCGCCCUCCACAAGUCGCACGCCCAGCCGCUCUCGACGCAGCAGCGUCUCCUCGAGCAUCCGCACGCAGUCCGGCUUCGCUCUGUCCGGCUCCCUUCCGUCCGACGUCACUCCUCCCACCUAUCCGGUGCAGAAUGAGGCGUUCGCCUCGCCGAGAUAUCACGACCUGGAUAGCAGGGACUCCCGCUUCAUGUGGAAUGGGCAUGGCUACUGUGCCCUCCACGGGCACGCCUCAGUGUCAAGGUUAUCCGCUGGCAGAUACUUUCAGGACUUGAAUUUUACAAGUCCCUAUUCUUCCAAAGGGCAGGAGCCACUGGACCGCAGGCAUGCGAGGAGCGCCUUGGCGUGGACGAGGAACGAUCUACUCGUCUUUCAGCGCAAAGAACGCCUUAUAGUGAAGGUGAUGUGGAAUAAUGGGCGGGAGAGCGAUCUCUGUAAGCUCCCCAAGUCUUAUGACGCGAUCCGAGUAUUCGAGCCUGCUGGCAACGAUAUUCCCAACACCUUGGCGGUCGUAAACACCAUGGGCAACCUUCGCCUGCUCGAUGUCAAUGCUGCAAAGUUUUACCGCGAGGUCGCGGUCGGAGACAUCACUUCGGCCAAAUGGCAGGGACAAACUCUGGCCAUCGGCCAGGAGGAUGGCACGAUCGUGAAUAUUGACCCUCGCGUCAAAGGUCCAGGCGGCGUUCUCGCUAAGCGCAAGCACCACAGCUGCUGGAUCUCCAGUCUCAGCUGGCGACAGGACGGCCUCGUCCUUGCUAGUGGGGACAGCUGCGGCAAUGUCCUGCUGUACGAUAACCGGCACACGAAAAUGCCUUUGACUUUCAAGCCGCCCGGACUACACGAGCAUCCCAGGGAGACAGAACCGUGGAACCAAAGCCCGGUUGAACCUGGAGUGAUCACGGCUCUAGCAUGGACGCCGUGGAAUCCCCAGCUUGUAGUGUCGGCGGCGACCGAUUUCGACAAUGACACUUCUGAAAUUACCUUCUGGAACUAUGGCCAGCAUUGGCAGACCCGCGUUGUGCCUUACUAUCGAGGCACCAGUGGAAUCUCGUCUCUCCAUUUCUCGCCCAUCGAAGGUGUCAAAGAACUCGUCUUCACCCUCUGCGAGCCCGCCAAUCCCUCUUGGUUCGACGACUCAGUUGAGCAGGGAUAUCGACCGGGUCUUCAGCACGGCGUUAAUGUCCUGGACGCGUCCACUCUGAAUCAAGUAGCGUGCUCCGAGUCAGUAGGCCGAUGGGUCGAUGGAAGCGCUCUCAGCCCCGACGGCACGCAGCUCGCGUGCGCGAUAACUAGAUACAAGAAAGUCCAGAUCUUCGAUAUCUGGGGCAAGCCACGCCGCGAGGAGGUAAAGACUGAGAGUUUCGAGGAAUGCUAG